AUGUCAUUCUUCAAGAAAGAAAUUAUAAAUGGCGGCGACCAGCAGACGUCAAAAGCUCUGACGGCCGUGGCCUGCAUCGCCGGGGCUGGCGUGGUGGCCUACCUUGGGUAUAAAUACUACAAAGAACAGCUUGAAAAAGAAGAACCACUGCCACCCAGAGCGCCAUCUGUAGCGCCAUUAGAACCACAAAAACCCCCAACUUCACCUGCUAAAAAAACAGUUGCCAAAGAUCCUGAACUUUCAUCAUUUUCAUCAGAAACGUUUGACAAAUCAGUUGAUACUUUACCUGUACCCCAGAAAUCAAACUCUGGGGACAAUAUGCCAGAUCCAGUCAAAUCUAUAGAACAGGCUGGAGAGCAUUUGAAUGAAAAGUUAUCAGAAGGUGUAAAGAAUGUUACCAGCAAAUUAGAUGACUACAAAGCAGAUGCCAGUGAUAAGAUAGCGGCUGGAGUUAAAUCGGCUAAAGAAACUUUUGAAGGUUACUCUCAAGACCUGAAAGAUAGUUCAAAAAAAGUUUAUGACAGUUAUGAUGAUUACAAAACAAAGGUUGACGACAAACUACAUGAAGGAGCCAAACAGGCAUCUGAAAAAUUAGAAGGCUUUAAGGCAUAUGCCCAUGACCAGCUGAAUGAAGGAACCAAACAGGUUGCUGAUGCGGUGAGCGGGUACAAGAAGACUCUCGAUGAGAAAGUCGAUCAUGGUGCCAAACAAGUUAAUGAAGCUGUUGGAGGUUACACAAAAGAGCUGAGUGGCAAAAUUGAUGAUGGCGUGAAAGCAUAUGGGUCAAAAAGAGACAACUCAGCAUCAUUUGCCAUGAAAUUAGUUCUUCAAAUUUAUUUCUACAUAAAUAUAAGUGCAGGUUUGAAAGAUAUGAACAAUAAUUAA